CCUAACGAAGUGUAAACUGUUAGUCUGUGGCUUUGAAAAUAAAUGCAGUUAAACAAAAGUUAAUAAAGAAAAAUAAUUAGAAUAUUAAAACUUUACUAAUAGAAAAAAAGAGUGAAUGUUAACUUACAGUACUCACUGAAAAAGAAAAAAAGUAAUAGAACAGUAAAAAGUUCCAAAAAAAUUGUUAAAAAUAAACUAACCAAAAAUUUUACAUAAAAAUGGAGCGUUGGCACAAACGCGUCGCGGUAGUCACCGGCGCCAGUUCCGGCAUUGGUGCGGCUAUUGUGAAAUAUCUCGCAAAUAACGGUAUGCUUGUAGUGGGUCUCGCACGGCGCGUCGAACGCAUUGAGGCAUUACGUAACGCAGCGUCCGCUGAGGCGCGCAAACGCAUACACGCGAUCCGCUGUAAUAUCUGCAAUGAGAAUGAAGUGAUUGCUGCUUUCAAGGAAAUCACAAGCAAAUUUGGCCCUAUAGCGGUUUUAGUAAACAAUGCUGGCAUACUGCGCAACAGCUCAGUGUUGGCCGAUGGCAACACGCAGGAUAUACGAGAUAUCAUUGAAACUAAUAUAUUAGGCGUGGUGUAUGCCACACGCGAGGCAUUCCGCUCGAUGAAGGCGCAUGGUGGUGAGGGGCAUGUCUUUCUGAUGAACAGCGUAGCCGGGCAUAAGGUGACGGCAGGGAAUGUGCCAAUGAGCAUCUAUGCACCGUCUAAGCAUGCUAUAACGGCAUUAACCGAAGUUUAUCGGAACGAGUUCAACCAUGAGCGUACUAAAGUGAAAGUUACGAGCAUUAGCCCCGGUUUCGUUGAAACUGAAAUUAUAACGCAGCGCAUUCGCGACGAGCUCAAAGAUUUCUCAGUCCUAAGCGCCGACGAUAUUGCCGAUGCCUUGAUUUAUUGCCUGCAAACGCCACCACAUGUGCAGAUUCAUGAGCUGACGAUCAAGCCACUUGGCGAGUUAUUUUAAUUACCACAAUUAAGUAAUUAUGAUACUAUACACAACAGUAUGGUUGUAAUUAAUUUUCAAUUUUGUACCGUUCUAUUGAUACUACCACGUAUGUAUAUAAAAAAAUAUUAAAAAAAUAAAUAUUUCGUAGUUAGACAAUGGUAAUAGUAAAUAAAAAAUAUACUAUAUAUGGCAACUCUUAUUGACAAAAAAACAAUAUAAAUUUAAAUAAUGUGGCAACUCUUUUUGGCACAAAAAAGUAAAUAAAUAAUUUUUAAUAUAGCAUCUCCUAUUGACACAAAAAAAAAAUUUUUUUUUUAAUAUGGCAACUCUUAUUUACAAAAAAAAAAACAAUUUAAUUUAAAAAAUGUGGCAACUCUUAUUGACACAAUAAAUAAAAUUUUUUAAUAUGGGAUCUCUAAUUGACAAAAAAAAUCAAUUUAAUUUAAAAAAUGUGGCAACUCUUUUUGGCACAAAAAAUAAAUAAAUACAUAUUUUUAAU